AAAUUGUAGGGCUCAUUUUUUUGAAAUGGAAUGUGAUUUUGACCAUGUGGCUGCUCUACUAAGUAUUGGCACUACUAUCAAAAAUGGAUCUAAACCUUUUAAGUUUUUUAACAUGUGGAUGAAACAUGACCAAUUUCUUGGUAUUUUAGAGGAUGUUUGGAAUAGGAAUGUUGGGGGGAAGGCUCAAUUUCGUUUGUCCCGUAAACUCAAGCUCCUAAAACAGCCCCUAAAACAAAUAAAUGUCAAUGAAUUUAGCCAUAUCUCGGUAAGAGCAAAGGAAUCUAAGAAGGAGUAUCAAAGAGUUUAUCAAUUAGCUCUUUUGGACCCCCAUGAUGAUGCUCUUAAAGAGGAGAUGGAGGUUGCUAAGAAAAGAGCCUUAUUUCUUAAGGAGGCCGAGGAAGCCUAUCUCAAACAAUAGCAAUACCAAGAAAUUGCUAUUCAUCUUAUGCAAUCGGAUAGAUGUACUAAGUAUUUUCACUCAAUUGUUAAAAAGAGGCAAGCCAAAAACUCAAUUGCUUCCAUUCGACUUCAAGAUGGGACUCUUACCCAAUCUAUGGACCAAGUAGCAAAGGAGUUUAUUAGUUUUUUCAAAGGUCUUUUUGGUACUGUCGUACCUUCUCUUGAUUUUGAUCCUAAUAUCUUGGCUUCGGGUAACACCAUAGACCAAUCUCUCUUUGAUAGCUUGAUUAGUCCUGUGACUGAUUUAGAAAUCAAAGAAGCACUUUUUGAUAUUGGGAAUGACAAAGCCCCUGGACCGGAUGGAUAUUCAUUAGCUUUCUUCAAAUCAAAUUGGGGGAAAGUGGGUGAGGAUGUGUGUGCUGCUGUCAAGGAGUUCUUUGACUCUGAUAAUAUGCUUAAACAGGUUAACCACACAAUCGUAGCUCUUAUUCCUAAGACUACUCAUUCUCCAUCUGUUUCUGACUUUAGACCCAUUUCUUGUACCAAUGUGACUUAUAAGAUCAUUACCAAGAUUUUAGCAUCUAGAUUGGGACCAUGUCUUUCUAGUGUAGUUCAUCCAUCACAGGGGGCUUUCGUUGAUGGAAGACUAAUGACUGAUAACAUCUUCCUUGCACAAGAAUUGGUGAGGGGAUACGCUAGAAAGAGGGUUUCUCCUAGGUGCAUGAUUAAGGUGGAUAUUAGGAAAGCAUAUGAUACUAUUUCUUGGGCUUUCCUUGAAAAGGUCUUAAGGGGCAUAGGGUUGCCUAACGUUUUUGUCAAUUGGAUAAUGGAGUGUGUCUCUACCUCUUCCUUCUCAAUAUCUAUAAAUGGCAUCUUACAUGGUUGGUUUGAAGGAAAGAGAGGCUUGAGACAAGGUGACCUCAUGUCCCCUAUGUUGUUUGUUCUAUGUUUGGAAUAUUUCUCCCGGAUGUUAGCUAUUAGGACCUCAAAUCCUAGCUUUAACUAUCAUCCUUUAUGUUCCAAACUAAAAAUCUCACAUUUGGCUUAUGCCGAUGAUUUAAUGCUUUUUUUCAAAGGGGAACCCAAGUCUAUUAAGAUUCUAGUUGAUGCUUUAAAUGAUUUUGGGAGGGUCUCGGGUUUAUUGGUCAAUCAAGACAAAUCAAAUAUCUUUGUGGGGGGAAAUAUUGAGCACAAACUGCCAUUCAUAUUACAAAUGGUUGACUUCCAACAAGGAUCUUUUCCGGUAAGGUAUCUUGGCAUUCCAUUGGCCCCUUUAAAGAUUUCUGUGGCCCAAUUCUCUCCUUUGAUAGAUACGGUUACAGAUUAUUUCAAUGCAUGGAAUACCAAAUCCUUAUCAUAUGCGGGGAAAGUUGAGUUGAUUAAGUCAGUUAUCCAAGGGGUGCAAUCCUUUUGGCUGGGCAUUUUUCCAGUCCCUAAAACAAUUUUGGAUAGAAUUGUUAGUCUUUGUAGAAUCUUUCUAUGGGGGGGAAAACAUGCUAAGGUGGCUUGGGAAGAUGUGUGCCUACCUAAAGAGGAAGGGGGUUAGGGAUUAAAGAUACUAAGGUUUGGAAUAAUGCAUUAUUAUCUCGUACACUUUGGAAUAUUCAUGCUAAACAAGAUACCCUUUGGGUAAGAUGGGUAAAUGGGGUCAACCUCCAUGGGAGGGAUGUGUGGACCUUUGUUCCACACAAUAGGGACUCAGAAUUGAUGAAAAGAAUUGCACUGAUCCGAGACUCCAUUGUCUCCAAAUAUCUGUCUAUAACCGAGACUAUCACAAACCUUGGAAAGAUGGUUCACAAUGGUAAGCUCUCCUCUUCCAAGGUAUAUGACCUUCUUAGAAUGAAAGGGACUGCUCAAACAUGGAUGUCUUUUAUAUGGAAGACUUAUAUCCCUCCUAAAUUUUCGUUCAUAAUGUGGCUAGCCUACCGUAAUAGACUACCUACAUAUGACAACAUGGUUUAUCUGGAUAUUGUUAAUAUUUGUCCGUUUUGUAAGGGUGGUCCGGAGACGGUACCACACCUAUUUUUUGAAUGCUCUUGUACAGGGCAGGUUUGGAAGGAUAUUAAAGCAUGGGUGGGGAUUUCAAGGCAAAUGUCAUCUUUGAGGAGCGCGGUGAAAUGGAUCCAAAGAGAUUGCAAAGGAGCACAUAUUAGAGCAAAAGCUACGAGGAUAGCGUUUAGCUACACAAUCUACUGGAUAUGGAGAAUUCGUAAUGCAAUCCGUUUUGAUGGAGCCACUCUAAAGAUGGAUGAGAUGGUCGCACAAAUCAAAUAUAUGGUGUACAAAGUGCUAUACUCACUAUACCCGUACCAUAUGAUCCCUUUUUGAAUCAUAAACUAGCCUCGUUUUUUGCCUCUUUUUUGUCAUGAGUUGAUGGCUGUUUUUGCUAGAUGAUGGACUUUAGAUAUUAAGCUUUGGAAUCUUUGGAUGUAUAGGGUAUCCAUACUUGGAUAUGCCUCCAAUUUUGCUCAUACGAUGUACAUAACUCUCGUUACUAUCUAUAUAUUUACAUUUUCC